UAUACCGGAAGUAAAACGCUUCCUGGUUGCAGUUGCAAAUCUAGCCUGUCACUAAACCGGUGACGAACCAAAAUGGAUUAUUACAAUUUACUAACAACAUGUGCAUUUAUUCAUUUGCUUGUUUCCAUUCCGUAUGCAUACAGUAAUUAUGUUGAGAACAAAGCUGGACAGUUUUUUAGCAGUGGUCAUACCAACAACUGGGCAGUCCUGGUCUGCACGUCUAGAUUCUGGUUUAAUUAUCGGCAUGUGGCAAACACGCUGUCAGUGUACAGAAGUGUAAAGAGACUGGGCAUUCCAGACAGUCACAUUGUGCUGAUGCUAGCCGAUGAUAUGGCCUGUAACUAUAGAAACCCCAAACCAGCCACUGUGUUCAGUCAUAAGAACAUGGAGCUUAACGUGUAUGGAGAUGAUGUGGAGGUGGAUUACCGUGGAUAUGAGGUCACAGUGGAGAAUUUCCUGCGAGUCCUGACAGGGCGUCUCCCACCCAGCACCCCUCGAUCCAAACGUCUGCUUUCCGAUGACCGCAGCAACAUUCUCAUCUACCUGACAGGUCACGGCGGAAACGGCUUCCUGAAGUUCCAGGACUCUGAGGAGAUCAGCAACAUGGAGCUGGCGGAUGCCUUUGAGCAGAUGUGGCAAAAGAGGAGGUACAACGAGUUGUUGUUCAUCAUAGACACGUGCCAGGGGGCCUCCAUGUAUGAGAGGUUUUACUCGCCCAACCUCAUGGCCCUGGCCAGCAGCCAAGUGGGAGAGGACUCGCUCUCACAUCAGCCAGACUUGGCAAUAGGGGUCCAUUUGAUGGACAAGUACACCUUCUACUUACUGGAGUUCCUGGAGGAAGUCCACCCUGCUAGCCAGGCCAACAUGAAUGAUUUAUUUAAGGUGUGCCCACAGAGUCAGUGUGUGUCCACUCCGGGUCACCGUACUGACCUGUUCCAGAGGAAUCCCGGGAGCGUCCUCAUCACUGACUUUUUUGGAAGUGUCCGCAAAGUGGAGAUCACCAAGGACACUAUCAAUCUGACAUCCUCUUUAAAGCCGUUGAUACAGAGGUCUGGAAGUGGUGAUAUGCAAAUCGAAUCUUUGACGUAUGUGGACCAACUUCCAGUGGCUGAAAUUAUUCAUCAGAAACCCAAGCAGAAAGACUGGCACCCUCCUGAUGGCUUCAUUCUGGGGCUCUGGACUCUGAUCUUGCUGGUGUUCUUCCAGACCUAUGGCAUCAAACAUCUCAAACACAUCUUCUGAUUCAUCCCUCCCAGCACCACAGAGGUCAAAGAACCCACCGCUUUCAUAAAAAGAGUCCACCCUAACUUUGUUCAUGAUUGAUUUGGUCAGGAAUAGAUUUUAAUUUAUUAUUUGAUGCAAGUUUGUUUUCUUUGGGUUUUACUGUGUAUCAUUUUUGAAAGGUGAACUGACUUCUUACGUUCAAACAUUCUUUGUUGUUCGGAGCUCAGUAAAUCCAUUUGAAUUUCACACAGGGACUUUCUUUUGAACUAAACACACAGACAGCUUGCAGGGAGAAGCAUACUUCUUGUUUGUUGGUUUGUUUGCUAGUUUUUUAUUUGUUUACUUGUUCUUCAAUUUCCAUUUAUAGUUUCAUCUCUUCAACAAUUAUUUUCUAACACUUAUAAUGGCACAUGUGGAAUUGUAACUGGUAACUCCUCCCAGAUUUCUUCAUUUGUUCUUAGUGGGAUGAGAUGUGUUUUUUUUUUUUUUUGUUUUUUUUUUUUUUUUAAACAAGAUAAUCUAAAUCUGUAAAUGCAAUUGCUGAUAUGUUGUUUCAGUUGCAUCAUUUCCAUUCUUAUUAUUUAAUGCUUAUUUAAAGUGGUAAAGGAUACUAUUUUUCAGGGUAAUAUAUGGCUCAUAUUUUAAAGUAAAGCUUUUUUUAGGAUAAUUCCUUUUUUUCUUCAUUAUCAUAAUGAAAAGAAACAUCUCGCUGUACUACAGUGAUGCUUUUUUAAAUCAGCACACAUCAAAUUAAGUACAACACACUAUAACAUGAUGUGUAAGCACUGUUCUUAAUUUAAAUAAUAGAACAUUUAUUUUCCAGUUAGCAAAGAGAAUGUAAUUGUUUUUCCACACAUAUCAUUGAGCUGCUGGCAACUGACUGACAAGAAGUGAGUAGAAAAUGUCAUGAAAGUAGUAAAAAAUAUUUCAUUUAUCUUAAAAUAGGCUUUGUUCUUAAAGCAAAAUAGAAUGUAUUUGUUUUUUAUGACCAAGACAUUUUCAUGAGAUCAUUCAGCAAUAAAUACGAGGAAUUAAUGGACAACAAACAACAUUUCCAUUUGCCUGUGGCAGUGUCCUGUAUCUGUCCAUUAGCAUCUCUGCUGCACUUGAACUGUUACGAAUGUGCUCUAAAAGGGGUCGCCCAAAUUCACCCCCAGCUACACAGCAAGUGUGUAUGAGAGAUUGACAAAUUGGACUGUCUGAAUCAGUUUUUUUGCUUUUUUUCUCUCUCUGUCUAAUGCAUCAUUAACUGUUGGUAACUGAGGAUUGUUUAGGAGAGCAGAGCUCACAUUAAAAUAUUGACUGGCACUCACAUUAUGUGAGAAAACGCAUUACGAAAAUUUCUACAGUCCCAUUUUGUCUUUUCCCUGUUUAUGUUCUGUGUUUUUUAUUAUAAAACUGGCUAAAGGUGAUAUUUUGAAUAAAGUCUACAGUGAAAAUUCUCUGAAA